AUGGCUGAUCACUGGUUAAAGCUACUGAUAUAUUCAGUCUUUGUACUGAUUAUUAAAGUCCACGGUGCCAGUCAAGUUAACUUAACGAUUCUCGACAGUGCCGUAUCGAAAGGAGCAGUUUGUUUGGAUGGGAGUCCACCAAUGUAUGCAUAUGAGAAGGGAUCUGGAGAUGGAGCUAAUAACUGGUUAAUUUAUGUUGAGGGUGGUGCAUGGUGUUUAUCAAAAGAUAAUUGCCUCCUAAGAUCACAAGGAAUGAUGGGGAGCAGUAGAAAGAGGUCUAAUAAUCCCUACUUUACCGGGAUUAUCGACGGAGAUCAAACAUUUAAUCCAGAUUUCUACAAUUGGAAUCGAAUUUAUCUCCCGUAUUGCGAUGGCGCGUCGUUUAUGGCCGACGUCGAAGGAGUUGAUCCGGAAACUAAUCUCACAUUUAGGGGGGCAAGAAUUUUUGAUGUUGUAAUGGAGGAAUUGCUAAAUAUGGGAAUGAAAAACGCGGAAAAUGCUAUACUGAGCGGUACAUCAGCCGGUGGAUUAACGACAAUCUUACAUUGCGAUAAGUUUCGAGGACUACUACCGAAUGCUUAUCGUGUGAAGUGCAUUUCGGAUUCCGGGUUUUUCAUCCAUGGAAAAGAUCUUCCUGGAGCCAAGGGUAGAGAAGACCGUUUUGCUGAUGUCAUUAAUACACAUAAACUAGCUGAACGUUUGCCAGCAUCAUGCACCUCAAAAAUGGAUCCGAAAUUGUGUCUUUUCGCUGAGAAUUUAAUUGGAGAUGUCCAGACGCCACUAUUUCUAGUCGAAACAUCUUUUGACAGAUGGCAGCUUUUCUUGGCGACGAAGCUGCACAAUUAUGGAGCAACAACUGCACCAGAAACGUGA